AUGGUCUGGAGUACAGCACACGGCCAGACAGCGUCGAUGGGAAGCCAAGUUUUGAGACGUAUGUCUUCGACCGUGGCGACGUUUUGGAACAGCGACUCUGGGACUGCGUCCGGGAUCUUGUGCAGAGCCGACUGCUUCCCUGGCUGCGGCAGCGCUUCCACUGCCCAGGUGCCGCGUUGUGCACCUGCCUCAUGCGCCGCUAUCUCGCGAACGAGCGGAGAGCACACCCAGCUCACUUCGAUGCCCACACCGACCAGCCCGAAGAGCUUCGUUUACCUCGGGCCCGGGGAUGCCAUCCUCCACCGCUAUGAUCUUCGACAUGGCGUGGAGGUGAUGCACGGCGAGCGGUACAGCCUCAUCUUUUGGUUCAAGGACUCCUUGGAUUCCUGUCGGCUGGGUACGACUCCCUGGUACUGCGUGGCAGCCGCAGGAGGGGAUGGCGAUGCAGCCUACAACAUCGCGAACCUCCUCUACCUGGACGGCAAGCUGGCAGAAGCACGUUCCUGGUAUCUUGCAGCCGCCACUGCCGGACAAGCUGAUGCAGCUUUGAACCUAGCAGUGAUGUCCGACCAGGGCUUGGGUGGCGCCCGCGACCCGCAGGAGGCCCAGUGCUGGUUCGAGAAGCUGAAGCUUGGCAUCCAGCCAGCGAAGGCGGCAUCCGAGCGCGGCAAGGGGGCCGCAUCCCGGCACUUGGCUGUGCAGCAUCUCCAAUCUUCAAGACCAAGUCGACGAUGGCGAGGACUCCGCCUCCUUGCUCGCGCAGCGAGUCUGCACGACACGCAGGCACUGGUGCUGUUGCAUCAGCUACCCUCGGCUACCACGGGGCUGGACUUACACGGACGAAAUCUCUGCCUACGCCUAGCAGCAGAGAAGGGCAAUCUCCAAGCUCAGCUGGAAGUGGGCAGCGAGCUCCUAGAAAGAUGGUACUGCUUGGUCGACUCCCCUUCUUCCUUCUCGGAGUGCCAGCGACUCUGGGCCCGUGCCGAAGGAUUUCUGCAGCGUGCCGCGAACGCAGGCUCUGCCCUAGCUCCGGAUGGCACUUCGGCGAUCUUCCUUGCAGCUGCUCUGUAUGCGGAGCACUAUGUUGCCGUGCAGCCCUUGGCAGCCCCGUUAGCAAAGCUGAUCUCGGAAGAUCUCGCGGUGGGUAAGCCGAAGCCUGGCCACGAAAAAGACGGCGGCGAAGACCUGGAGCAGGAAGCCUCCGUGCUCGCUGCUCUGCCGCAAGCACCCAAGGAUCGAGUGGAGGAGGAGUCCGUGGACAAGCAGAUUGCUGCAUGCUCCGAGAACACCACCAUGGUCGGCGAGACCCGACUGAGAGCCGUUGACGACCCAAGUUUGGCUUUGCCGAAGCCCUCACGCGCAGACUGGAAGGCUGAGCUCGUGAAACUUCGAUCCAUGGCGGAGGACCCUAGCGUCGCAGACGACGAGAAAAUCCGAUUGCUUCAUGAGGCAUUGCAGCAGCGUAUCGAGGACACGAGGUCUAACGAAGAGGUCAAGGCCUCGGUGCUGAAGCGCCUCGAGACGCUGCAGAGCGACCAGGACCGAUGCGAGAUCGAGAUCCAGCGCAUCAAUAACAUCAGAGGCAAGCUCGAGGCCUGCUGCCGAGAGCAGAAAGAGACCAUGACAAACCUUGCCAAGGAAAACCAACAGAUCGCAGAAGAAGAACAGAGUCGCCACACAGAGCUCAAGGACAAGUUCCAGGCGGCGAUCAAAGAUGUGCAGGAGAAGAUGGACGCGGAACUUGAGGUUCGGCAAGGCUUCCUGAAAGAGAACGAUGACCUUCGAGGCAAGCUCCAAAAGUUCAACGAGACGUAUGAAACGCAGGAAGCUCAACUUGCUGAGCAGCAGGAGAACCGCAACAAGGAGAUGCAGGCGGCCCAAGAGCGAUUGACCGAGCAUGAGGCGAUGUGCGCGGCUUCCAAGGUGAAUGCUUCACAGCUGGAGAAGCAGAACGAGGGGCUCAAGAAGACGCAGACCACGCUGCAGAACGAUCUUCAGGGCAUCCUCAAGAAAUUCGAUGAGUUUUCCACACAAGUCACCGGCUCCAACAAGCGCCACAGCGAGUGCAAGGAAGAGAUCGACUCUCUGCAGUCGCACAUGGAGGAGCUGGAGAAGGAGAACGUCGAUUUGCGUAACAGCGCACGCCUCUCCGAACUCAGCUCCGAGCAGCAGGUUAUGCAAAAGCAACGGGAUGCCCUGGAGAAGCUGUGCGACAAUCUGCACAAGGAGAACCAGCGUCUGAAGCAGCAGCUUCCAGAAAAGCGGUGA